AUGGCCGGCAUGAUGCGCAACGGCGGGCGGUUGGGAAUGAUGCAACCGCCUGUGAUCUUGCUGAAAGAGGGAACGGAUACGUCGCAGGGUAAGGGUCAGCUUCUAUCGAAUAUCGGUGCGUGCUUGGCCGUAGUCUCGUGUGUGGCGUCUACGUUGGGUCCUCGUGGUAUGGACAAGAUGAUUGUCAACGACCGUGGCGAGGCAACCAUCUCGAACGACGGCGCGACGAUCGUCAAGCUGCUGGACAUUGUGCACCCCGCUGCGCGUACGCUUGUCGACAUUGCGCGUGCGCAGGAUGCUGAGGUGGGUGAUGGUACGACGUCCGUCGUGCUGCUCACGGGUGAAAUUCUGAAGCAGUGUCGUCCGUUUGUGGAAGAGGGUGUGAGCCCGCACAUUAUUGCGAAGGGCAUUAUCGCUUCUGCGCAGCUGGCGAUCGAGCAUGUGAACCGCUUGGCGGUACAUAUUGAGCGUGACAAUGAAACGGAAUUCCGGGAUUUGUUGUUGAAGUGCGCAGGCACGGCGAUGUCGUCGAAGCUAAUUGUGUCCCAACGUCCAUUCUUCUCGGAGAUGGCCGUGAAUGCGGUGCUCUCGCUGAACCAAGAUGAUCUCAACGAGAAGCUGAUCGGUAUUAAGCAAGUGCCUGGUGGUGCGAUGCAAGACUCGCUGCUCAUUCAGGGCGUUGCGUUCAAGAAGACGUUUGCGUAUGCUGGCUUUGAGCAGCAGCCGAAAACGUUUACGAACCCCAAGGUGCUGUGUCUCAACGUGGAGCUGGAGCUCAAGGCGGAGAAAGACAAUGCGGAAGUGCGUGUGACAGACGUAAAUGAGUACCAAGCGAUUGUCGAUGCGGAAUGGUCGAUUAUCUACAACAAGCUUGAGAAGAUUGUCGAGACGGGCGCGAAAGUGGUUCUGUCGAAGCUGCCGAUCGGUGAUCUCGCGACGCAAUACUUUGCGGACCGUGAUAUUUUCUGUGCGGGCCGUGUACCGAACGAAGAUAUGCAACGUGUGGUGCAAGCUGUGGGCGGCUCUGUGCAGUCGACCGUGUCUGACAUUGACCCUGCGCGCCAUCUCGGCACGUGUGGCCGCUUUGAGGAGCGCCAGAUCGGCGGAGAACGCUUUAAUAUCUUUACCGAGUGUGUCGGCGCGAAGACGGCGACGAUUGUGUUGCGUGGUGGUGCCGAGCAGGUGAUUGCCGAGAUUGAGCGCAGCUUGCAUGAUGCUAUUAUGAUUGUGAAGCGUGCGAUGAAGAACAACGACGUUGUCGCUGGCGGCGGCGCUAUUGAGAUGGAGUUGUCCAAGUUGCUACGUGAGCAUGCUCGCACGAUUCAAGGCAAGCAGCAAAUGAUCAUGACGGCGUACGCCAAGGCUUUGGAGUGCGUCCCCCGGCAGUUGGCCGACAAUGCUGGCUUUGACGCGACGGAUCUGCUGAAUCAGUUGCGUAUGCAGCAUGCGAAGGGCCACACAUGGGACGGCAUCGAUGUGACCACGGAAGGCGUGUCGAACAACAUGGAAAAGUUUGUGUGGGAACCUGCGCUCAUCAAGAUCAAUGCGCUGGGCAGCUCAGCCGAAGCUGCUCGUAUCAUUCUGAGCGUUGACGAAACGAUCAGUGCCAAGCAAAAUGAGCCGCAAGGGCCUGGGCCUGCGAUGCCGCCCGGCACCGCGCAGCGUGCGCUUCGUGGUGGAGUGCCGCGUAGGUAG